CCUUCCCUAUCUUCUUCCUCCUCCCUCUUCCACUGCCUCUCGUGACUGCGUUCUUGGAGUUGACACUCGUAUGUGCAGAGUAGUGCGAGGGCAGAUGAUAAUCAAAGAUCGCCGGCAUGUUCUCCACAGGCUUUCUUGAACUGUGAACUAUCUGUAAUCCUGUGUGUCUGAGGAGGAAGGUGGACUCUGUUGACAGUUCAAGAAAGUCCUUGGAAAACAUGACACAUCUUUCCCAGUUAUUGUCUUCGUAAGGUUCGAUGAAGGGUUUCUGCGUUUUCACUGCCAUUCCCAUCUUCUCUUCAUCCUUUUCCGUUGUGUUUUGAGUUACAGUGUGAGUUCAGGUGAAUCGACUGCAUGCCAUGAUCGAAUCGACUGGAUUAUAUGUUCCAACAGUUGUUUCUUUGAGUAUCGUGAGUCAUCGAUGAAGAGGACACAAAACAAUAUUGAAGACAUGAAUUAUUGAUGUGCCUUUUAAUCUCACCUGUCACUUGAUUUGACCAGCUCAAUUUCCUUGCAAUUAAUUUCUGUUCGAAAGAACAGAUGAAGAGACCCACAAGCCAUUGGGUCUGACAUGAGUUCAAUGGACGAUGAGAUUAGCAUAUGCAUGUUGGAAGGCAAUACCCCAAGCUAUAAUUGGUGGGUGGUACAGCGUUCCUCCAUCCUCCGCCAUACAUAAUAAGCAACAACCGUUGGCCAUCUCACGCCAUGGUUAAUCAUGGCCUCUCCCCCUGCCCUUCAUAUAAUAGUCGUUCUCCUCCUCUCCCUUUCAUCGAUCUUUCUUCCCCUGUUUCUUCCGUUUCAUUUCCGUAAGGCGAAGGCCCGGUCUUGCCCCUUCUCUCGCUUCCCCACCCUCUCGGCGAGGGAGAAUAUGACCGCAGCCGGAGAAGGGGAGAGGGAGCAUGGGGACGACGAGCAGUCGGUGGAGCGGAUGUUUGACUGCCAGGAGGUGCCUCCAUGGACCCAACAGCUCACCUUACGCUCGCUGGCCGUCAGCGCCAUCCUCGGCUUCUUCCUCAGCUUCAUCGUCAUGAAGCUCAACCUCACCGCGGGUAUCAUCCCCUCCCUCAACGUCUCCGCGGGCCUGCUCGGCUUCUUCAUGGUCAAGACCUGGACCACGCUCCUGGAGAAGACCGGUCUCCUCAACCAGCCCUUCACCCGCCAGGAGAACACCGUUAUCCAGACAUGCGUCGUCGCUUGCUCCGGCAUCGCCUUCAGUGGUGGCUUCGGAAGCUAUAUACUUGGCAUGAGCAAGAAAGUUGCAGAUCAAUUUGGUGAGGCAGACACCGGUGUUAACAUGAAAGAACCAUCUCUAGGUUGGCUGAUUUGUUUCCUUCUGGCGGUCAGCUUUGUCGGCUUGUUCUCGGUUGUACCACUGCGGAGGAUCAUGAUCAUCGCAUAUAAGCUAACAUAUCCAAGCGGCACGGCUACUGCUCACUUGAUCAACAGCUUUCACACCCCUCAGGGAGCCUUGCUUGCCAGAAAGCAAGUGUCUCUUUUGUUCAAAACCUUCGGAGCUAGCUUCAUUUGGGCCAUGUUCCAAUGGUUUUACACUGCUAGUGAUGGCUGUGGGUUCGUAUCUUUCCCCACAUUUGGGCUCCAAGCUUAUGAGAACAGGUUUUACUUCGACUUCUCUGCCACUUAUGUGGGCGUUGGGAUGAUCUGCCCUUACAUAAUCAACAUCUCGCUGUUCCUCGGGUCUAUCAUCUCUUGGGGCAUUCUGUGGCCUUAUAUAAGAAGCAAGCAGGGAGUGUGGUAUGAUGCAUCGCUCCCUGAAAGCAGUCUUCAUGGAAUCAAUGGUUACAAGGUGUUCAUAUCCAUUGCUAUGAUACUGGGUGACGGGCUGUUCCACUUUCUAGUCGUGUUCUUCCGCAGCUCCUACGACAUGUACAACAAGCGCCAGCGCAAGGACGCCGCCACACCCUUCGCCGACGCUGCUGCCCUUGUUGGGCCCUGCCUUAGCUUCGACGACCGCCGCCGCAGCAAUGUCUUCCUCAAGGAUCAGAUCCCUACCACGGUUGCCAUCGCGGGCUACGUCCUCUUUGCCGUCAUCUCAGUCAUCACGGUUCCCUUCAUCUUCCCCCAGCUCAAGUUCUAUCACAUCAUUGUCGCCUACAUCAUCGCGCCGGUCCUUGCCUUCUGCAAUUCCUACGGUUGCGGGCUCACCGACUGGUCUCUCGCCUCCAGCUACGGCAAGCUCGCCAUCUUCAUUUUCGGCGCGUGGAUUGGGAUGAACAACGGCGGCGUGCUCGCUGGCUUAGCUUCGUGCGGCGUCAUGAUGAGCAUCGUGUCGACCGCAUCGGAUCUGAUGCAGGAUCUGAAGACCGGCUAUCUUACCCUCUCGUCGCCUAGGUCCAUGUUCGUGAGCCAAGUAAUCGGGACGGCCAUGGGAUGCGUGAUCGCCCCCAGUGUUUUCUGGAUCUUCUACUCAGCCUUCGACCUGGGGAGCGAAACGUCUGGGUACCCGGCGCCGUACGCCAAGGUCUAUCGAGGGAUCGCGAUCCUUGGCGUGGAGGGCCUCUCGGCGCUCCCCAAGUACUGCUUGAACUUCUGCGCCGUCUUCUUCUUCGUGUCAUUCGCCAUCAACGGGCUGAAGGAGGUGGCCAAAUACAAGAACUGGAAGAUCUACAACUACAUCCCGAGCGCCAUGGGCAUGGCCAUACCGUUCUACCUGGGGUCCUACUUCACCAUCGACAUGUGCGUGGGGAGCUUGAUACUCUACUUGUGGGAGAGGGCGGACAAGCGGCACGCCACAGUGUUCGCGCCGGCCGUGGCAUCGGGGUUGAUAUGCGGCGACGGGAUAUGGUCGCUGCCGGCGUCUCUGCUGUCCUUAGCGAAGGUGCAGCCACCCAUAUGCAUGAAGUUCCUGUCCCGUGCUGACAACGACAAGGUAGACGCCUUCUUGAGUGGAUGAGCUCAUGGUGUCCAAAAUAACCAUCGUUUCAGGGAAUUACUGGUGGAGCAUUAACAGUGCAGUUAUCCCUAUGAAACGGUGUAUCCUGUCCACCCCUGUGUAUCAAGUAUCAUCUAUCCACAUAUGGCGUUAAGGAUUUUUAUGCCGUGGCAAAGAUUCCGAUAGGUUCAAGAAUCCCAUGAAACGUCUUCGACACCCAUAAGUCGCGCCAAAUCGAUGGACGAGUCGCUCCAUUCAUCUACGACGAGCCAAAUUGAAACGUGUCACGCCCACGCAAAGCCACGUACGACGAGACCGCUCCACGACACCGAAUUAAAUCCCUGGAAAUAUUAUUUUGUAUUAUUAAUUAUAUUUGUCGAUGUGGAUGUAAAUAUCUUUUUUUUCCUCUUUAUUAAUAUUUUUUAUUUUCAUUUA